AUGGACUCAGGUGAAGGGAUUCGGGUUGUCAGAUCCAUUGUCCAACGCAGAAUGAGUAUGGAAACCACAGCUUCCAAUACCUCUUCCAUUGGUAGAGAUAGACGAAGGUUUGUUGGUGUCCCAAAGCGAUGUUGGUGUGGCAAACAUAUAAUGGAGCUAAUUUCCAAAUCGACCUCAAAUCCGUACAGAAGAUAUUACCGUUGUGCUUUUGCAGUUGAACAAAAGCUAAGUAAUGAUCCACACAUUUUCAAGUGGGUGGAGGAGGCUUGCUUAGAUGAGAUUGAGACAUUGGUUGCCCGGACUGUCGCUUUGGAAGAGAAAUUGCAGCGGAUUGGACAAGGCCGCCAGGAGUUCGAAACCCGAGUAGAAGCAGCUUUGGUAGCCAAAGUUGAAGAAGAGUUACUAGGGAAGGUUGAAAAAUUGGUCUCCGCGUCUCAUUCACGAAUGAAGCAGACUAUGGUGGUUGUAUGUGUUGGGUUUGCUGUCAUAAUUGGUUGGAGUAAGUUUGUCCGUUGA